AUGGCGGCUUGCGGGGCAAAGGAAGGAUUGGAAGACAAUCAAUCUGGAGGGUGUGUGGGACUUUAUGCAGAGGGGCGUCCACAUGCUCAUCAACAUUCUCGAUGGCCAGAGCCCGAGCACAACUUCGAGUACUACAUGAUGCAUCUGGAGAUUCUGAACAUGCUUUUCAUUUGUGCUAUACGGCUAUCCAUCAGUACACAUCUUAGUAAUGUUAAUUUGGUUGUUCUUGAGACUUUUGCAGAUAGUAUGUAUUUCAAAGACGUGUGCUUGCAUGGGUUUGAUACUUCCCUUUAUACCCGAUUGCAUAGGAAAACAAGAUCAGAGCAUAAUUCUACUUGGCAUUGGUGGCUGGGGUCAACAGGUUCAGUGAUUGUUCUUAUACUUUUGCUUCAGAAGGAAAUCGCGGAUCAUGAUCUUGCGGAGCAGAUGGAGGAGCCCAUGGCCCAGCAGCUGGAAGCGGACAUCAAUGCUCUGGUUUAUAACAGGCAGCAACUGGCCCUGCGAGCAAAAGCCACUAUCCAUCAAUGA